AUGUACGGCCGACACGCUCUGCCCGAUGGCGAUGAUACCGCCAGCGUCCCAAGAGAGUCAAUCCGACUUGACAUUGUCGACGAUGGACCUCCGCUCGACCUCGACGUGACCCCAGCAAACGCCCAACCAGCCAUGAGACAAGUCUCGAAGCAGCGGCAAACAGGGAUAUUGCUUUGUGCAUUCUUCGAUGUCUUCGUGACCAUCGGCCUGAAUCAGGCGUACGGCGUGUUUCUCAACUACUACCUCACCGAAGGGAGCAGCGCGAAGGACCCCUUCCUCCCCAAAAGCGAGGUGAGAAACAAAGCGAUGCUGGCCUUUGUAGGAACACUGGGUUAUGGACUCACUUGGGGCGGGAGUAUCUUUGUCAAUCCCAUGAUGGCGAGAUCCAAAGAUCCGAGAUGGAUUACUGGAGCUGGAGCAGUGUUGAUCGGAUUGGGUUAUGUGCUGGCCAGCUUUUGCCACAGGGUCUGGCAACUCCUUCUCACUCAGGGACUGAUAUAUGGAGUGGGCACGUCGCUGCUGUAUUUUCCCGUCCUGGCCGUCGCGCCGGAGUACUUCGAUGCUCACCGUGGAUCUGCAAUGGGCUUUAUCCUGUCAGCUGCCGGUCUGGGAGGUCUGGUAUAUGCUCCAGCAGCUCGUGUGAUGCUGGCUAAGCUCGGCGCGGCAUGGACUCUGCGAAUCUUUGGGCUGAUCAAUUUCGCCAUAUCUAUCCCUGUCGUACUAGGAACACCUCCUUCACGCAGUCUGUCGAAGCGACCAACGCUGGUCGACGUCCGGAUUGCAAAGCGCGCCACUUUCAUUCUUCAGGCGUUGGCUGCGAUGGCUCAAGCGGCAGGCAACCUGGUGCCCUUGACAUUCUUACCCGAGUUCAGCACGAGGCUGGGUUAUACAGCUGCCUUUGGCGCCGCACUCCUCUCGAUCAACAAUGCCGUGAACACGGUCAGCAGAAUUGCUAUGGGCUUCCUUGCCGAUGUCGCGGGCAGACAGAACACUCUGGUGCUCAGCGUACUGGGGAGCGCCAUCACAGUAGUGGCGUUCUGGCUGUCGAGUGCCUGUGGCGACGACAUGGGUCUCUGGUUGAUCUUUGUUGUUACAUACGGUAUCUUCGCUGGAGGCUACAACUCGCUCUUCCCGACAACCGUGAUCGAGGUAUUCGGUGCCCAAGCGUAUGCUUCAGUCAACGGCUUUAUAUACUUCAUCCGCGGACUAGGCGCUCUCUGGGGCUCGCCUGUCGGAGGUGCCCUGGUUUCAGGAGGCACUCAUCCUCAGGCAUAUCUAUCAUUGAUCUGGUAUGACUUUGCGCUGUUGAUGUUCUCGAGUAUCUGUGCGGCGGCGGUGAGAGGGCUUGACGCGGUGGAAAAAGGACAGUUCAAGCUGAAAGCCUAG